CCCUGGCUCGAGUCGCCAUUGCUCGUAAUCAGCGGGUGUGACGCAACCGCGUUUCACGCCGGUAAUGCGGGGUCUUCGACGUUGCUCGUUUAUAGAACGAGGCAACCAAGAAAGAUAACACGUCGACCUUCGCGUCUCGCCUGCCACUGCUUAUUUUCACUGCGCGCACAGGCGCGCAGCCAGCGCGGCGAAACGAGGCGUUGCUGUCGUUUUAUGGAGUCUGUCGUGAACCGCUGUCUGCUUCGAUCGUGAGCGCGCGCGUCGUCUGCUGCACCCGGUGCUCUACAGCUGCACCGUCCGCCUGUGUCUCUCGCGGCCUUCCUGGCGUGUUCCAAACGAAGUUCGACGAUGAAGCGCUUUCCUCGUGUUGACUUCAUUUUUCGCUCUGCAACUCCACCAGCCUCGCCGGCGAAGGCAGCCCGUGUUCCGAGUGUCGGAGACUCGCCGCCCUCCUCUGCAUUGGGUGCACCCGAAGACAUGAAGCUGGUGCGCUGGUGUCCUUCCUCCAGGGAGCAGCUCCAGGAGGCCGAGGAGAAGAUAUUCGCGUAUCUGAACAGGAAAUAUACAGGCCGCUAUGUUGAAGUUGGCCGCUUUGGAGACGCUGUCUCUCCUUGUCGCUUGUGGACCAUCACUAUGAAACCGGAAUCGGAGGAAGCGGUGACUCAGAUGCCGCUAGUGCUGAUCCAUGGCCUGGGCUGUGGCUCCGCGCUGUGGGUGCUGAACAUCGAGGAGUUAUCCAAGAACAGGGUGGUUCAUACUCUGGACCUGCUGGGCUUUGGUCGUAGUUCCAGGCCAUCCCUUGGAAACGACGCAACUCGCAUCGAGGAGCAGAUGGUGCAAAGCAUCGAGGCGUGGCGGCAGCAGAUGCAGCUGGAGCGCUUUGUGUUGGCCGGCCACAGUCUCGGAGGCUUCCUCUCCGCGUCGUACGCUCUCCUCUAUCCGCACCGCGUGGCUCACCUUGUGCUCGAGGAUCCUUGGGGCUUCCCCGUGUUCGACCCGGGUCGGCCGCGUGGUAAGCGCAUGGGUCACUGGUUGGCACCGCUGCAGCUCUACUGCAACCGUUUCAACGUGCUCUCGGGACUGCGAGCAUCUGGCCUCCUUGGGCCGUUUAUAAUGCAGGCAGCACUCAGUGGUGCUCACAGCCUUUUUGGUCGUGUUGUGACGGAUCCCACCGCUAUUCCCAAUUACGUGUACCACUGCAACGUCCGGAGGCCAACAGGUGAAGAGGCGUUCCGGAACCUGAGCGUGUACUUCGGAUGGACGAAGAAUCCCAUGGUUCUGCGUUUCUUGGACCUGGAUCCCGAAGUGCCCGUGACGUUCGUGUACGGCAAGACCACCUUCAUCACGCGAAGCCCAGCCGAGCACAUCAAGAAGACCAGGAUCAACGGAUACGUCGACGUCCAGGUGUUCGAUGACUGCGGUCAUAACGUGCACAUGGAGCAGCCUGAGAAGUUCAACGAACUCGUCAACAAGGUGUGCGACCUUGCCAACAGCGGUGUUAAACUCGGAUCGGGCACCUUCGCGGUGGACCGCCAAGCAGAAGAAUAGUUUUGCUUCUUGUGCCGUGCGUGAUCUUUAAUAUGGGACCACGUGAUGAUACGCAAGCACAGGAGAACCCAUCAUUGUAAGGCUCUGAACAGAACUGAAAGUGCCAACACGUCAGCAGUCAUUUCUCGGCAGUUUUCCUGUCGUGUAAAUUUAUAGCAAGAAGAAAUGCAGUUAACACGAUGACUUCGCAUCUGACGUUAAACUGCAAGUAUUUGGUGUGCCCCUGUGCCUUGCCAGGAAAUCUGCUAGUGAAUAAAGUCAUUUUCAAAUGCUGUGAUUAUGUGAAGAAAUGAAGCGGUGCGAAUCAGUACAGAGGUUUGCCUUUAGCGCCAUACGAGCUCAGUGCGUCGAACGUUGAUAUUUAUGCUAAUUACUUGGCUUCGCGAUGGCUCUUAUUAUCGUUUUCUGUAGAAGAAAAGGUGUAUAUUUGAAUGUAAUGUGCAACAUUAAGAAUUAUUUCUAUAGAAACUUGGCCUUCGUUAUCCAGUUUAUUCAUGUGCGUUUUCUGUCAACAUACCAUUUUUAUUCGCUCUACAUCAUCUGUCCUUUGGCUACAUACAUGAAAGUUUUAAUUAAACAUUGUGAAGUCUUCCGAAGGUGCCUCAACUAAAUCGAAAAUAAAUAAAAGCUUGCUGUUUUCGAAAAAGAAAGAAGCUAUGUGGCCUCUAGGGGUAGUACCUGUUAACCGUAAAGUGAUUGUACCGCCUUUGCGUGGCUGCCUUUGCGGAAAUGCAAAUCCAGCGAAUAGUGUGUUCUUGUCACAUGUUAUUAUGUACAAUACGUUUCGUAAGUUAUUCAGAAAACGUGAUGUUGACUUAAAUGCAUAUUAUAAAAGGGCUUGCGGACACGGACACGUAAGGGUGAAACGGACAACACAAGCGCCGGCUAUCAGCCAAAAGGUCGCAGUCGCGGAAGAGAAGGUAGACAUCUGCCUUAAAUAUCUUACUUAGAUUACAUGGCCCAGACAUCAUAUAAUUCUGGAUACCUGAAGCAGCGCGGCAAAUCUAAUGAUCACGAGGCAGGAGUUACGACCUUUUAUUUUAAAACCAUUUUAUAUUCGUUUUUGUUUCAUGCGCUAUCAAAAAAAAAAAGUUCUUGCAUCCCUGGCUUUUGCUUUUCUGUCGCCUAGUGAAAGGCCAGGAGCUCAGUAAAUACAAUAAUGACUUGCGUUGUGGUUUAGAUAAUUGCCUAAAACUAAUGAUCAACAUUAAACUAGGAUAAGUAAGCGUCCAAAGUAGUUGCUUUACCACUUCCCUGCACACCUUUCGAUAAAGAACAUACAGGUGGAAAGCAUAUUUAGCGCCAGCGAACGAGGACAGAAAGGAGACACCACAAUGCGCACUGUGGUGUCGUCUCCUUUCUGUCCUUGUUCGUUGGCGCUAAAUAUGCUUUCCAAGUCAGUUUACCAACACGCCCAACAAAUGUCAAUGCAGGUGGAGCCAAAAGUACCACCGCUAAUUUGGCAUUCAAAUGGUACGUGUGCACUUUAUUAUGACAUGUCGGAAAAGACUAGUUUUCUUGUUCCUAUUGACUAAACUAACGUCGUUUUUUUUUCCUUGACCCGUGUUCUAGGACGCUCAUCCACUCAAUCUAGGCACAGCGGAUAGACGGGUGGAUGGUUUAAAAUUGAACCAUUCAUCCGUCUAUCUGUUGAGCAUCGUAACCAGUGCUAUCUACUUCGUUUGCUCUUGACCCCAUAAGAUCCAUUGUUCGUGUUAUCGAACACUCGAACCUUUGAGUAUAUUGCUAUACGCUCUUUUUAUUCUGUGCCUUCCUUAUCUUUACUCCAUGCACCUAUCGGCGUCUCUUACUGUUCCUCCCGGCAGAUUCGUUCUCGCUCUUCUCUACAAUAUUUACAAGAGAAAGCUCGGCUAGAAUAACUACAUCUUGACGCAAUAAAAUUUCUUACGCCCUCACCCUUAAGGGUGUGAAAGUGUUUCCUUUGCAUUUACGUCUAGAUGUAUGACGCAACACGCUAACAAAAUAUGCUCAAUCGUUACUGCGCUUUUCCCACGCGAUACUGGCGCCGCCCCUCGACAGAAGUUGUCACUGCGCUUCAAUGGCCCUUCAGAGUAGCAAAGAAUUUGCAACCGUGCUGCUGGCCGAGUCUACUCGAACGCACUCUCCUCGUCGUAGGGAUCACCAAGGGCCGUUGCCCACUUUCUCCUCCAGUCGAGGGGUGGCGCUGCACUCUGUCCGGUGGUAAAGCCCCUUAAACUUCAUAAAGUAGCGACACUCUCCUCCUCCGCCUUCACUCCUCCUCGUCUCUCCUCUCUUUCACGCUCCCUCCUCGGCCGUGACGCCGCCUACACUGCUCGAGCGUAGCAACGGCGCCAACAUGCGCCCCUCGCCACUCCGUGGACUCUUCUCGAGCAAAAAUGGCGCUGAUGCACGGCGCCAGGGCCCACGUGAUGCUAGCAGGCCAAUAGCGACGCGGCGUCGGUCUAGGCCAGAGCGCGCGAGCAGGAGGCGGCAUUUUUCAAAGCGUGGCAGUACUUUGCGAAGUUUAAGGGGUUUUAUCCGGUGGGUCUUUAUUCGGUAAAGUCGGGGAAGAGGGAUCGAGUCGAUAACCGUUCGCGAAUACGGGGGUUAGCGGUACUCGUGUCGUCCUACGAUGCUGGAGGGCAUUCAUAAAAGUCUACAGACGUCUUGGGCUACAAUCGUUUCGUAGCGUACGACAAUAGUAUAUGGGUGGCGCGAGAGCUGUGCGGAACGUGCUUCCUUGUUUGUUUGUUUGCUUGCUUGCUUACCUGUGUUUGCAUAGAUGAGUACCUACUUGCGCGAUUGUUGUUAGAUGCCUUUGUUGAAUAGUCAUCAAGACCUCAGUUGUUGUUAUGAUUUACGUUUGUAAAGCUUUGCCCUGUUGUUAGCCCUUGUUUUUCGUGAUGUUUUUACCCACGCCUGUAAAGAUAAACACAGGAAAAAACUUCAAUUUCCCUGUUUGUUCCACAUACGACGCUGUAAACAACUGCUUUCAGAUUGAACCAAAAUAAAUUGCAUAAAUGAAUUUUAGUACGUGC